AUACAUAUACAUAUAUAUAUAUAUGUCACAGAGAGUUAGGUGGUGUGUUCACGGUUGAUGUAAGCAUAAGCGACUAAAUAUUAAUUACGUUACUAAUGUUUUUGCCGGAGUAACAUUCAUGUGAUGGAAGGUGUAAUUAAGGACUUAUCACGAAUGACUAAAGUGAGAGAAAAUGGGAGUCCUCGUAAAUCAUAGAUCUUGCAACUUACAAACAAGUAGCACCGAUGGACGCGGCCAUGUUUCCUGGUAGCAGAAAUCUUGCCCAUUAUUAAUUCUUCUAUUGUGAACCUAGAAGUUGGAUUGUGCAGAAUGCCGAAAUGCGAUGUGAAAACAAAAUAUGUACCAGCAAUGUUCGCUUGGACGGUUCUAUUAGGAGCUACGACACUUUUUUAUUGUUUCCCGUGUCGAUAUUAUGUCCUUCGAUGGGGUUCCCUGGUGCCAGCCUUUCAAGGAGUUAUAUCUUUCUUUGUACUGACCAAUUUUACACUGGCCACGUUUAUGGAUCCAGGUGUUAUACCAAAAGCACCUCCUGACGAAGACAGGGAGGAUGACUUUAGAGCUCCAUUGUAUAAGAACGUUGAGAUCAAUGGUAUUACUGUGCGUAUGAAAUGGUGUGUUACGUGCAAAUUUUAUAGACCACCUCGUUGUUCUCAUUGUAGCGUUUGCAACCAUUGCAUCGAAACAUUUGAUCAUCACUGCCCGUGGGUCAACAAUUGCAUUGGUAGAAGAAAUUACAGAUUUUUUUUCUUCUUCCUUUUGUCCCUUAGCCUUCAUAUGAUUAGUAUAUUUGGACUUUGUUUGUAUUUCAUAUUGGAACAUCAAAAGCAAUUAGGAGACGUUGACGCAAUUAUUUCGCUUGUGCUUAUGGGUGUGAUAGUAUUACUGUUUCUUCCAAUUUUUGGAUUAACAGGCUUUCACAUAAUACUUGUUUCUAGAGGACGAACAACCAAUGAACAAGUAACGGGCAAGUUCAACGGAGGUUACAAUCCUUUUUCGAAAGGAUGUUUACAAAAUUGUUGGUAUACGCAAUUUGGACCACAAUACCCAAGUUUAAUUAAGCCUGAUAAAUAUUCAGGAAAACGACGAGGCGCAUGUACAUCUGAGAUAUCAACCAUAGACAGUGAGAACCAGGUAAAAACCUACAUGGAUAGCAGCAAUGGUGUUAGAAAUGCCAGUUCAAAUGCUUACAAUAAGUUAUCACCUGGUCGUGAUGGUUCAGAUACAGAUAUGGAACCAACCGCGUCUCAAUCAGCAGAUUGUGAACCAACACCACCAUUGCAAAGACAUGGUUCUAAAAGCAAUUUCUUUUUGCCACCCGUUGAAAGUAAUGAAUCUCCCAGGCAUCCUCAACCACCACAACAUCGUCAUCCGAUUCAUUAUCCUAGAGGCAGUCCUCAUCCAAAGCCAAGGGGGAUGAAUGGAUCACGUAGUCAUACACCAGACCCAUUAUCACCAGAAGUAAGUGGUUCUCCUGCUACUGCUCCUCAACGUAAUCAAGGUCAAGGAGGUGCUAGUCCAACAAUGCAACAACGUAUUAAAGCAAUAGGAGUACCAACGCCACUUGCCAUUUCCAGUCCUAUUCGCAGAUCCAAUCCAGGUACACCGACACAGGUACGUCGACCGGACUUUAUAGGAGUUAAUGAAACACCAACAUAUUAUGACGUACAACAAGGAAAUAGUAUUGGAAUUGGUGGUGGCGGGGGAGUCGGUGGAGUUACCGUUGUUACCGGUUAUAGUCCUCAACGACGUUUUUUAUCGGAAAGCGAGCUAAUCCAUGCCGAUCAUUCUUAUUCGAGAACCAACAAUACCGUUGACAACAUUAGAGAACUUGCAGGGUCACCACAGCGUGGUGCAUAUUUGUGGAAAGAUAAUUCACCCGGUAGCUAUCAAGUAACGGGAGGAAAUAUGUCCUCGUCGACAAAUACUGGAGCAGCAGCGGCAGCAGCAGCAGCAGCAGCAGUAGCAGCAACUCAUCAAUCUCCUUCACAGAGACCACCACCACCUUAUGAUUAUUAUCGCUCUAAUCCAACUAGUCCAACUCAACAAUCUUAUACAACUGCUCCAAGAGCAGCUUAUCAUCCAGCUAUGAGAGGUGGUGUACCAGUCUUCCCACCCCAUCAGCCACAUCAACAGUCGCCGCAAGUUAAAAGAAAAGCUGUUAUGGCAACACCAACAACACCUACUUCUGGCGAUACCAGACGUAGACCUAUGUCAUUUGUAAGAGCGUUAGAAAUGACAGACUCUAUGGAAAUGGUCUCUGCUCCUAAUGAUUCAAGAUCGCAAAGACCUACCACACCAACACCAGAUCGAGCUAGUGUCUAUGAUAUGAGUUAUGAGAUAUCCGUAUAGCCCAUCUUUCCAGUCUCCGUACAAUCCUGCCGUUGGACGGAGAGAGUGCAAAUAUUGCUACCCUUAUGCGUCUCUCGUUCAAAUCAAGAAGGAACGUACAUUACUUACAAUAUAUCCGUCUAAAGGAAAAUAAACAAGCACCAGCAGCAGCAAGCAGCAAUAUUGUACGUUGAUAUCGAAUAUAACAUCAACUACAUUCAAUCCUAUUGGUCCAGUCUCUUACAAUACAUAUGAUCACUUUUCAUGUAUAUUAUUCAUACACUUAACGCUAACUAAGGAACUAUAUUAUUUUUUCCAAGAGACUAUAGAGUUAGCGUUAUCACGUAAAUUAUAUUAUAUUUGUAACAUCGGUAAUUACGAUAUAACAAUGAUGAUGAUGAUAAUAAUAAUGAGGAU